CAAUCUGACAUAAGGUGAGAUGCUUUUGCAACUCAAGGUUGAUAUCAUGCAGUUAUGAUUUCUGGAGGCUAAGAAAGAGCAACAGUUUUGCGUACGAUUGAUAUCGUGAAGAAUUGAAUUUUUAGUUCCCAUAAUUAUUUGUUUUUGUGAACUAAAUCUUUGUAAGUUAAAUUAAUGGGAAAUGUGGCAGGCAAAUUCUUGCACAACCCAGAAGUGAAUUUUUGAGACGAAAAGUGGUGAAAACAUUUUUAGCGUGGAGAUUCAUGAAAACUUGAAACACCAUGGCUAUCGUUGUAACCGAUGGAUUCAAACAAUUUGGCAGUGGCCCUCCAGUCUUAUCGAAUUUUCAACUUAGCGUUGCUCCUGGAACGAUAUAUGGACUUUUGGGCCCAAGCGGUUGCGGAAAAACUACAGUUUUGUCAUGCAUCGUAGGACUUGGAAAAUUGGAUUCUGGUCAAGUCCUGGUUUUUGGAAAGGUCCCUGGCAAAAAAGACAGUGGUAUACCAGGCCCUUUAGUUGGAUUCAUGCCACAGGAAGUAGCUUUAUACCCGAAUCUAACCAUCGCUGAAAUAAUGGCACACUUUGGUGGAAUAUAUGGAAUGCAGAAGCAUGAAAUAAAUGAAAGAACAGAUUUCCUUGCGAAAUUUUUGCAACUUCCAGACACAUCCAGACUUAUUCGCAGCUUAAGCGGAGGCGAACUGCGCUGCGUUUCCCUUGGGGUCUCGAUGAUACAUAAACCACGCUUGCUUAUUUUGGAUGAACCUACGGCCGGGCUAGACCCAGAGCUGAGAGCAUCGAUUUGGGAAUAUUUGCAUACGCUAGUGAGAAAUGAUGGAAAAACUACAGUCAUAAUUACAACUCAGUAUAUUCCUGAAGCAACAUUUUGUGAUAAAAUUGGAAUUAUGCGGAAAGGUCGUAUUUUAAAUGAGGAUUCUCCAACAUCCAUGCUACACCGAUUUGAGACUCGUUCCUUGGAAAAAGUGUUUCUCAAUUUGUGUCGUCUGGACAAAAAUUACACAAAUAUGCAACUUAACCAGAAAAAAUCAGAUAAUGUUGAUGACAUGACUGGUGUACUACUCCAAUCUGUGAAAACAAUAUCGAGUGAUUGUAAUAAAGAGUCAAGACUGGAUUAUGACGAAUGUUCAGAUAUCAGAGUGCAAAGUGAUAUUCAAAUUAUAUCCACGCUCGUCAAAAAAACGGUUUUGCGACAAAUUCGAGUCCCAACAAAUGUCGUCCUCCUAAUUUUUAUACCAUUCCUUCUUAUAUUCCUAAUCAACAGUAUUGUUGGUACUACGCCACAUUAUUUUAAAUUAGGAUUGGUAACACAAGACUGGAGUGGCACGAGUGAUGGUCUCUUGGAGAAGUGUGACGAAUUGCACCGAUCGUGGUGGAGUGGCAAAGACGCUAUCAUCAACGGUACCUGUGAUCCCGAGAGUUUGGAGCCACUAACUUAUGUUUGUGCAUUGAUCAAGUCUUUCCCCGACGAGAAAAUAGUUUGGAUUCCAACUCAAUCGGAGGAUGCAUCUCUAAGUAAAGUAAAAGCUGGCGAUGCGAUUGGAUUUAUUAAAUUUCCACAAAAUUUCUCAAAGAAUUUCCUAGACCGACUGAUAUUUCGAAAUAAUGCUGAGCUGGAAACUUUAGCUGGAGCAACAAUUUCAUUUCGGGGAGAUAUGUCCAAUGCAGUCAACUCUGGCCUGUUGCGAAAACUAAUUUAUACAAGUUACUCAAAAUUUUUGCAAAAUAGUGCAACUUGGUGCGGAGCAGAUCCUAGGGUGGUUCAGUUGCCAUUGCAGUUUCACUCAUUGUACGACGAUGGGUCUGAAGAACUUGGAUGGAGCCAUUAUAUACAACCGGCUUCCAUCAUUUUAAUCAUGUCAGUUCUGUCCAGUGCCCCCGGAAUGAUGACGGCCAUUGAGAAACGCCUCGGCUAUUUGGACAGAGAUUAUGUGGCAGGUGUAAAAUUCCGACAUUUGGUAGCAUCAUCUUUACUCCAUGGAAGCAUUGUCAUUAUCCUUCAACUGAGCACAACGUUUACGUUCUUACCGCUCGUGUAUGGUAUGCGGUCACAGGGUCCGUGGAUUUUGGUUAUUAUUUUGGUCUAUUUAUCCUCCUUGAGUGGAGUAGCUCUGGGUUUCGUAUGGGGAAUUAGUUCUAGGCACGAGAUGGACGUGGUCAUGGUCCUUCUCGCCGCUAAUAUUGCAUACAUUGGUGGCGCAGGAUCCAUGUGGCCAUUGGAAGGAGUUACAUAUUGGUAUCGACAAUUUUGCUACUUACUUCCUGUUACCCUGCCGAUUUCGACUUUAAGGUCGGUUAUACAUCGUGGGUGGGAUUUGACCCACUUCCAAAUUUGUGUAGGAUUUGGUGGAACGCUAUUUUGGAUUAUUUUUCCUAUUGCGGUAGCAAGUUACAUAUAUAAAUCGAGAAAUCGAAGAUAGUUGUGUGCACAUGAUUUUUUAGAAUAAAGAGCUUGUAUUAUUUUUAAAAUUUAAAUAUCUAGUAAUUUAUGUAACAAAUAGUAUAUCUAAAAAUUUGCAAAGCUUUUGUGACUCUAUUCCAAUAACGUCGAUAAAUAUUUGUAUAAUCACUAAUCACUUUCUUGUCAUCUCUUUUAAAACAUUCAACAUACUUUUACAAUGUAUGUACAAAUAUUCCCUACUGCUGAUGAAAACAGUAUAUACAUAUGUAAAUAAAUACUCUGAAAUUAUUGACAAA